AGACGAAAAGAAAAGAAAAGAAAAGAAAAGAAAAGAAAAGAAAAGAAAAGAAAAGAAAAGAAAAGAAAAGAAAAGAAAAGAAAAGAAAAGACUAAAAGCGCCGCAAAUGUUUCCUCCUUCCACUCCCACGAUGACAACUUUCCAGAGGCGGGAGAGCAUCGCCUCGUCUCGGCUGUCGACCCGCAGCACGCAGCCGGAGAUCUUCACCUUCGAGCGGCUCGACUACCAAGCCGCCGCCGCCGCGUCCUCGUCGCUGGCGGGCCGGCCUAAGAAGCGCUGCACGCGGGUCAUGUACCCCGCCAAGGUGCGCAUGUACCUGCCGCCCCCGGAGAGAAGUCCGGCCAAGCGCUGGCUGCUCUUCCUGGUCCUGGUGCUCCUGUGGCAGAUCUACACCGAGGAGCCCUGCCCCGACACGCCGCCCAGCGGUGCCCGCGGCCCGGCCGACACCCAGCAGGCCUCCCCCGCCGGUCCGGUGGCAACUCCCGCGGCCGCCGACAGCGCCUGCGAGGCGGCCGUCGCAGCCCCGGCCGGCCCGCUCCACGACUGCCCGGCGGCCGGCCAGCAGGGUGCCGGCAACAGCUACGUGGUGGCGCUGCUGGUCUACCACCGGCUGGGCGGGGACAAGUGAACCUCCGCACCCGCGGAAGACGCUGAGCGGACUCAGCCGAGGAAAGAGCUUCGUGCGCCGGCCAGCUGGCUGCCGGCGGCCCGGUGACGUCAUGGAACCUCCAGGCGCGAAAGACUGGAAAAGAAGAAAGUUGGACUUGAAUUAUUGCUCAUCAAGUGACUCACUGCACUGACACUUUUGUGCCGACAGGCCGAAAUGACUCUUAUUUACUUAUUUAUUGCCUCCUAUUUGCUAUUUAUUACAUCUUUGAUAAUAAAAACAUGUGCCAAAGAAUGACAA